AUGCGUCUUUGCUUGGCCCUGAUUCUAGUCGUAGCGACCUUCAUCGUGGGUUACGUCAGCUCCAUUGAUGUCGAUCAGCACUCGGCAAGAGACCUCAACAACGAGCGCACAAAAGAUAAUCAGCUUCGUGUGGAGGGCAACAUCCAGGAGGAGAGAAUGGCCAACGCUGCUGAUGUCGCUGAUACUAUCUCGAAGCAGGUUACUUCGCUGACUGAACGGGCAACGCAAGAAAAAGCAUGGCUCGAGGAAGGUGGCAACGUACGGCCAAGAACUUUUUGUGAACAUUUCGCAGGUGGCCUUCUGGCGCUACUUACUGCCGCUAUCUUGAUUGGUGGUGGCAUUGCCGCUGUCGCGCUACGGUCAAAGUAG